AUGUUUACGUUUUUCUUAAGGCGCGUUUUCAUACCUAAACGAAGGGGUUAUAUUAACCCUUGGCUGACCUUUGACGACUCGGAAAAUCUUGCGUUCAUUCUUCUAUUUCUCAAGUCAAGCCCACGUCGAUAUCUUACAAAACUGAUGAAGAUGAACUUCAAGACCUACGCUCUUUUUGCUGUUGCCGCGGUGUUCGCCACGUCAAGUAGUGCGCAACCGUUCUGCACGGCGCCAGGAUGCGCACCAAACACGUAUUCUGAUCACAAUAUCAAGGUCAGCGAGUGCUGUCGUAAGCAACCGGACUUCUAUCAAUGCUGUUCGGAUAGUUGCAACAAAGGGCUUCCAUGUAACCCCGCACGUCCAUGA